UCUUUAACUUCUCGAAAUCGUUUUGUCUAUCAUCUCUCUCACAACAAAACAGACCUUCUCAUCAUCUAUAUACUUUGAUUCAAUGGCCGAUCGUAUUAAAGGUCCAUGGAGUCCCGAAGAGGACGAGCAGCUUCGCAAGCUCGUGGUUAAAUACGGUCCGAGGAAUUGGACGGUGAUUAGCAAAUCCAUUCCCGGUAGAUCGGGAAAAUCGUGUCGGUUACGGUGGUGCAACCAGCUAUCGCCGCAGGUUGAGCACCGCCCGUUCUCGGCGGAGGAAGACGAGACGAUCGCGCGCGCACACGCGCAGUUUGGUAAUAAGUGGGCGACGAUUGCUCGUCUUCUCAACGGUCGUACGGACAACGCGGUGAAGAACCACUGGAACUCGACGCUGAAGAGGAAAUGCGGUGGUUUCUACGCCUCGACGGAGGAUCAACGGCCGGUGAAGCGAUCUGUGAGCGAUGGUUAUCCUCUUGUUGCUAAUGGGCUUUUAAUGAGCCCAGGAAGCCCAACUGGAUCUGAUGUUAGUGAUUCGAGCACACUUCCCGUUUUAACCUCUGUUGAGGUUUUUAAACCUGUUCCACGUGCUGGUGGUGUUAUGUUGCCGCUUCCCAUCGAAACGUCAACGUUUUGUGAUGACCCAGCGACUUCGCUGAGCUUGUCGCUUCCGGGUGCUGACGUUAGCGAGGAGUCAAACCGUAGUCACGAGUCAACUAAUAACAACACUUCGAGGAGCCAUAACACCAACACGAUGUCGUUGAUGCAGUUCUCUGGUGGAUUCAGAGGUGCGAUUGAGGAAAUGGGGAGAUCGUUUGGUGGCAACGGCGGCGAGUUUAUGGCGGUGGUGCAGGAGAUGAUUAAGGCGGAGGUGAGGAGUUACAUGGCGGAGAUGCAGAGAAACCACAAUGGUGGUGGAGGAUUCAGGGAUAAUGGAAUGAUUCCGAUGAGUCAAGUUGGAGUUGGAAGAAUCGAGUAGACAAAUGUGAUCUUAGGAACUGUUGGUUCAAAUCGUUAUGGAAGAAGAAAAGAAAGACUGUUUUUUCUUUCAACAUUUGGGAUUUAGGAAUAAUAAUUUUGCGUUGUAUAGAGGUAAUCGAGUGAGCAAUCUCGAUUCAUGAUUAAAUAUUUAAGUUUCUCAACAAUUCAAACAAAAUAAAAGAAGAGUUUUCUUAUUAGCA